ACCCACUCUUUUACAGUUUUGUUGCUAGAGAAGAUGGAACAUGAUGACAUUUCCAAUAAAACUUUGAAGAUCACAGACUUUGGUCUGGCUAGAGAAUGGCACCGAACAACCAAAAUGAGUGCAGCAGGAACUUAUGCAUGGAUGGCUCCAGAAGUUAUCAAGUCCUCCCUGUUUUCUAAAGGAAGUGAUAUUUGGAGUUAUGGAGUGUUGCUGUGGGAACUGCUUACAGGAGAAGUUCCUUACCGUGGCAUUGAUGGACUUGCUGUGGCUUAUGGAGUCGCUGUCAACAAGCUUACCUUGCCCAUUCCAUCCACCUGUCCUGAACCUUUUGCAAAACUGAUGAAAGAAUGCUGGGAACAGGAUCCUCAUAUCCGACCAUCGUUUGCCUUAAUUCUUGAACAGCUUACUGCCAUUGAGAGGGCAGUUAUGACUGAAAUGCCUCAAGAAUCUUUCCAUUCCAUGCAAGAUGACUGGAAAUUGGAGAUUCAGCAGAUAUUCAAUGAAUUGAGAACCAAGGAAAAAGAGCUGCGAUCACGUGAAGAAGAGUUGACACGAGCAGCUCUUCAGCAGAAGUCCCAAGAGGAAUUACUUAAGCGCCGAGAGCAGCAGUUAGCAGAGCGUGAGAUUGAUGUGCUGGAGCGUGAGCUGAACAUCAUGAUAUUCCAGUUAAACCAAGAGAAACCCAAUGUAAAGAAGAGGAAGGGCAAAUUUAAAAGAAGCCGUUUAAAACUUAAAGAUGGACAUAGAAUAAGUUUGCCUUCAGACUUCCAGCACAAAAUAACAGUGCAGGCAUCUCCCAACCUGGAUAAGAGGAGGAGUUUAAACAGUAACAGCUCCAGUCCUUCAAGUAGCCCCACAAUAAUUCCUCGUCUUCGAGCUAUACAGUUGAUUUCCCAAACAGAUACACACACAACUAAUGGCCGAAGAAACAGUGUGUAUGUGUACCAGCAAGAUGUAGAUAUCACAAGUGAAUAUGAACUUCCCAGUGGGGUUAUGAGAAAAGUAACUUCAGAUGAAAGCAACAGAACUUGGGGAAGAAGCACAACUUGUCACCAAGAAGAAUUUGAAGAUGUGAAGAGAAAUUUUAAAAAGAGAGGUUGUACGUGGGGACCAAGUUCAGUUCAAACAAAGGAUCGUGCAGAUUGUAAGGACAAAAUAAGACCCCUUUCAGAUGGCAGCAACCCUUGGUCAACUCUUUUAAUGAAAAAUCAGAAGGGAGUUCCUUUAGCUUCGCUAUUUGCAGACCAAGGUGUCUGUACUGAUAAGAGACUUCUCCCUGAGGGUUUGGACACCAAAAGACCAAAGCCAAUAAAGCUGUCAAAUCAGGCCUAUAUUAAUCUACCUCUAUGGAAGGAUGAUCAGGGAGAGAACACAGCAGAACCUGAGAGCUUUGAAGAAGGAACCUCUGCUAGUUCGACAAACAGUACUCCUCAAAUGACACCUACAAACAGUCUGAGCAGAACACUGCAGAAAAAGAAGACUGAUUCAGUGCUGUAUGGGUGUGCAGUUCUCCUUGCAUCUGUUGCCCUGGGCUUGGAUAUCAGAGAGCUGAACAAAUCACAAGGUUCAGAUGACCUUGUGCCAAAGGAUGAGAAGAAAAAGCGUGAUGGACUAUUCCAGCGUGCUUCAAAAUUUCGCAGGAGUGCCAGCCCUACAAGACUGCAGUCCAAGAAAGAGGAAACAAGUAUUCCAUCCUUAAAUCCAGCUGCAAAUACUGUGAAUCUUCUUUCUAUGCCUUCCAUUUCCACAAAAUGCCUACUUCAGCCAGACAAUGAAGAUGCAUUUGUAAGCACUGUGCUUGAUGAUUGUGAUCCAUGUAGUUCCACUGAUGACAUUCCAUCUGAAACUCCUGAAAGUAAGAGAGAGCAGAGGUUACAGCUGGCUGCUGACCCAUUUUCUACACCAUUGAAGAAUCAACCUUUCAAUCUGUGUCAGAAACAAGAAUCUCAGAAGGUGCCAAAUGAUUCUUUGUCAAAGUUAAGUGUGUUGAGACACAGACGAACCUUAUCCGAUGGGAACAAUUUUCAGACCACAGCUAAUGGAUUUGCUUCAACUAAUGAUGUACCCAAGUUACCAACUCUGUCAGUUACCAGAACUCUACAUUCUCCAUCUCUUCAAGAAAGAAGCAAUCAUGAUGGUAUUUCACCUGAAAAACAAAGAGCUAUCAAUAUCAUAUCAAGGCCUCGACCUUCAUCUGUAAGAAGUAGAAUUGAUGCAUGGCAGAUUCUUCCACGUAUAAUUAAACCAAACUCUAAAGACCCAGAAUGUUUAGAGGGCAACACAGGUCCAAAUGUGAACUUUUUACCAGAUACUGAGGAAAGAACUAACUGCCACAUGCCCUCAUUACUUGAUAUUGAUGUAGAAGGUCAAAACAGAGACUGUACAGUGCCUUUAUGUCGAAUGAAGAGCAAAACGUGUCGGCCAUCCAUAUACGAACUGGAGAGAGAGUUUCUGUCUUGAGUGCCUUUCAUUUUAGAAACACUUACAUUUUUUAAAGGAGCACAAAACCUAAAAUUCCUGUCCAUCUAAUUCUUCAUGCUGCUGUUUUCUAAUGUACUGUGACAAAUAGUACCAAAAUUAUUAAAAUGGGCAGCUAAUUAAGGAAGUGUAACAGGUGCCUUCUUAAAAUUUUCUUUGGAAUCCUAACUAAUAAUUCUAAAAGCACAAAAGUAG